UGAAGCUCGCCAUGUUUUCCGCCGCGCGAGCGGAAGCGGUGGGCGCCCGCGACCAUAGAGAUGAGCGGCGGUCGCGGCGCCUUUAGCGGAAGCGGAAGGGCAGCCGAGGCGGGAAGCCUCGCGAGGGGCGGCGCGGGAGUUUCAAGCGCCGCGGCGGUGGCGAUGGACCGGUAUCUCCUCUUUCUGAGCUGGCGGGUCCGGCGCGGCGAGACGGGUCCUGGAGGCCUUUCAGGUUUGACAGCUGAAAAUAUUUUUAACUUGCUAGAAAUAAAUUGCAAUCCCUCUCUAAAUGCAACAUUUGAAAAUUUCCCAGCAUGUUCUCUUACUGGGAUUCCAUAUGUGAAAGAAUGGUAUUUUGCAAUUCAGUCAAUAUGUGGAUUUUCCCAGUUUUGUAGUACUGACUGGGAGGACAUCAAUUUUGAUGAAGAGACAGAUCAAAGCAAAAGCUCUAUUCGAAGAAAGAUUGAAGAAUACCUUGAUGAUCAGAAUGUUGAGGAAGAAGAUAAUAGUUGGGAAUCUGUAUCACUCAUUGAUCUUUAUGAAGAAGCUGCAGAGAGCAUACAUCUUUUAGCAGAUAAACUUCCUGCUCCUGGAAAAGCAAUAGUCGAUGUUCUACUGCAGUCUUCAGAAACAGAUGCCCCUCAGUUAAAAGACUGCUUACCUGUCAUUGGUGCUCUAAAACACCUAAGAGAAUGGCAUGCAGCAAAAAUCACUAUUGUAGCAAACAAAAGCAAAAUUACUUGGCAAAAAUUUGCAGAAUAUCUUUCUGCUGAUAUCUUAGCUCCUGAAAACUUAAAAGACAGUAUUGAUUCAAGCGAAUUGUGGAGAGGAAAGAUCCAAAUAUGGGAACAAAAGUUUGGAUCUGAAAUUACAUUUCCAGACUUUUGUAUAAAAGGCACUGCAUCUGGAAGAUCGCUCAGCCCCUUCUGUUUAAAUACUUUCUUUGCUGCUGAUGAAAAUAAACAGUCAAAGAAUACCAGUAUUCAUUGUUCAGAGGUGUUCCAUUAUUAUGGUCCUGCUUUAAAAUUUGUACAGAUGGUGCUGUUGUCUCACUUGCCAGCAUGUUUAGUGUCAAACCUUCAGUUUGAGCUGACCUUGGCUAAAACUGAUGCUGAGAAGAAGUCUCUACUAUUUUGGGAUCAGCUUUCUUCUCUGCAUGGAAAGGUAGGAGCUUUAUUUGUAUUGCCUUGCAGUGUAAGCCAUAUGUUGAAUCCUGUACCCAGCCAGCUAAGUACAAAAAAAUGGAAGGAAUAUAUAGCUGAAAAACACAAAGUUGUCAGCAUUCCAGAAGUCGAACUUAAAGGAGAAACUUGCAAUUAUUAUUUCUUGGUACAAGGCAAUGGCUGUGGAAGAUGUAAAGCAACAAUAAUCUAUUCAGCCAGUCAGAUCAAUGGCUCUGUCACUCUUGCAGAAACUAUAGGAAAGCUAACUACAGAAAAAGAAGAAACAGAAGCAGGUUUCUUUGAAGAGUUUAUCAAAGUUUUCCCACAUUUUUAUGGAGAACAGAUUUUACAAAGAGAGAAGAAACUUGCUCAUCUCCAAGUACUGACUUUGAAUCACUGCCUGAAGAGACAAGCAUUUGCUGGGCAACUGCCAGUUGCUUUAAAGAAUGAACUGAAAAAUCUAUUAACAUACACUAGGGAACGCUUUCUAGAAUUAUGGAAGGUUAGCUAUCCAAGUACUGUUUGUCCAGGAGCAAUGACUAAAACUAGAGAUCAGGAAGCCGUUUAUGAACUGGAGCUAAAAGGUUCAAAUCCUUUGAAGUGGCCUGAAAGAAAUGUCCUGCAGAACUUGGAAAAUUCUGAAAAGAUUAAGCAAAAAACAAGAGUUUCUGAGCAGCUGUUGGGCCAUAAAAAUGGCCAGAAGGAUUCAGCAUUACUUGAUGCUAGAGAGAUGCUUAAGUACUUCACUGCAGAAGGACUGCCUAUAGGAGAUCUGCAGCCCUUGCACAUUCCAAAGAGUGACAGUGCUUUUUUGACACCUGAAUUGACACCUCGAAAACUGAGAGCUUUGCCUUUUGAAAAAGCUGCUGGCUGCCAUUACCAUGGUCUUGAGUACUGCCUUGACAACAGAAGAGCUUUGGAAAGAGAUGGGGAGUUUGCUGAACUUCAGUCUCGGCUUAUCCGUUAUGAAACUCAGACCACCUGCACAAAGGAGUCUUGCCCUGUGCCCUGUGUCUGGAGUCCCCUGCCAUCUCCGGCAGUUUCGUCAGAGCCUGGAAGUGUCCCUGAUGGGGAAUCUUCACAAAGGGAGCUCCAAACAGAGACAUCUAAGCUAAAACGGAGAUCAAAAGAUUUAGAGGGCUUUUAUCCCAACAGGAGGUUACUGCAGUCUGAAGGUACAGAUUCUGCCUUGCCCCAGGCAAGCAGAAUCAGCAGAAGUUGCCGAGCAGCUGUCCCCAAGCAUUGCCUGAAGACUUCAGACUCUCUGCCCACUGCAGCAGUCAAAUGUUCUCAGAAUUGGGUGACCAAAGUAAUUUCCGGGAGCAGUUCAGCAAGCCAGAACUGUAAUGAGGAGUCAGAGAUGCUGAAGCCCAGAAAGGAAUCAAGAUCUCAGAAGCAUACACGGAUGCUGAAGGACGUAGUGAGGAAUACUCUUGAGAAGCAUGGCAUCGCUAAAGACCACAAGUGCUUUACAACAUGCAGUCAACGUUUAUUUGAAAUAUCCAAGUGUUACUUAAAGGAUUUGAAAACUUCUAGGGGUCUGCUGGAUGAAAUGAAAAAGGCUGCUAACAGCAAUGUUCAACAGGUCAUUGAAUGGGUUUUAGAAAAAAACAAGGAGAAGUGACAUAUGCAAGAACUGUUGCCAUUCUGUGGAGAACCUUUUUAAGGAAGUGCGGUACAUUCAGCAAACAACUUAAAGUGCCUUGUUAACAGAUAUGCCUAAAACUGGUAGUAUCUGCUGUGUGAGGCUCUCAAACCUCUGAGAUAAUAAAACUGACCUUGAAGUUAUUUGUGUAUUGUAAAGUAUUUACUAGAAUAAUAAAAGAAUUUCU